GCAACGUGCACACUGCUCUCCCUCCAACCACCCUUAUACCUCCCCCCCCACCGACCAUGUCGCGAUGAUGCCAGCCGGUCUGCACAUUCGCAAGCCGUUUGCGGCUUCGUUCGCCGGACUGCUCUUGGUCUCAGCAUACUUGGACCUGUCGACGCCCAAGAUUCCUCAAUAUGGGCAAAGCGACAAGGGCUUGCACUUGGUCACGUUUCUGCUGCUCACAACUACGUUCUACUGGGCUGUAGAGCUACCACGACGAAGAUGUAUACAUCUCACAUUGCUUGGAUGCACAGCUGGUCUCGGCAUCGGGUCUGAGGUCCUGCAAGGUCUACUCCCCACUGGCCGCGACUUCGAUCCUUAUGACAUUCUUGCGAAUGUUGUAGGCUCAGGGUCCGCGCUUAUUUUGUGCUCCUGGUAUCACAAGCGCAUGCUGGAGCGAAGACGGAAGAACAAGCAUUAUGACAUUGUGCCUGGAGAGGAAGGAGAUCUAGGAGAUGAGGAGCGCGAUGUCGAGCUCGGCGAAGGACCCGGUCUGGGAGCGCAGGAAAGUGGAACCAUCUCCGCCGAGCAUACGAAUGGCCAGCCUACGACGGGUGAAGCAGCGAAGACCAAUGUCACGGAAGAGCUAGAUAAUUGGGAUGAAAAUGAAGAAGACUGGGAGGAGGAAGGCGCCGAAGGGGCAAGAGUGACGGCUGGAGCUGGUGCCGAAGAGGAGCCUGCUAAGAAGCGAACGGAUUGAGAUGACAUGAUAGUAAGAC